AAUCAGAUCACAGUUUUUCUCCUCCCUCCCUCCCCCUCUCUCUCCUACCUCUCUCUCUCUCCUCCCUCUCCUCCCUCUGCUCUCCUCCCUUCUUCUCUCUCUCUCAGUUGACUCUGGACUGAUCGGACAAUGAUGGAGGCGAGUCAGGAUCUCUGUGAGCAGGAUCGACUGCAGCUCAUCACAGAGAAGAGGAAGUGGCAGACAGAGGUCGAGAGCAGGAAACGACAGCUGGAGGACAACAGGAGAACUCUGCAGCACCUGAAGGUGAGACAGUCAAAGGCUCUGAGGGAGCGAUGGCUUCUAGACGGAGCGCCCUCUUCUGGACCAGACCAGGAUAACGUCAAGAAACAACUGGAGCAGGACGAGGCCACGACCAGGAACCUGGAGGAGUCCAUUAACAGGUUGGAACUGGAGCUGCUCGGUCUUCUGUGUCAGACUGAAACACAAACCAUGAUGUCAACAGGAUCCAAUGAAGCUCACAAAAGUCCUCGAAUGAACAAAUCAAGAGAAACGACGGAGGAGAUCAAGAGAGCGAUGUACUCAGUGGAGAUAAAGGUCGAGCGAGACAGACAGACGGGGGAAAGCCGGGUCCUGUCCACUAACACCCGACUUCCUGUUGACCUCUCGCAGCAAGGGGUCAAAGUUUAUGAGGACGAGCAGAAAGUCGUCCAUGAGGUGAACGGUGAGGACGGCGUCCACCUGCUUAGCUGCUCAGAAGUCGAUGAGCUCAUCCUCAAAGCAGACGAAGCUUUGAUGAUGUCACAGACUGUCUCCACGGUGACCUCAGUGGAGUACCAGGAGGAGGCGGAGCCAGAGCUGCCACACAUCUCGAUGGAGAUCUCAGGGCUGGAGGCCAAACCUCCCUCCGAGCCGAGUGUGGCCGAUGCCAGCACAGAGAACCCGGUCACCAUGGUGUUCAUGGGCUACCAGAGUGUGGAGGACGAGUCUGAGACCCAGAAGGUUCUGGGUCUGCAGGGGACGGUGACGGCCGAGCUCGUGCUCAUCGAGGACACUGAUGGCCAGACGUCCCCGGGAGGAGGAGGGAUGGAUGACGGCGACAACACAGCCAAGUCCACACAGCAUUCCCCUGCCUCCGCCGCCUCCCCCCCCCUGACAACCACCCAACCUCCAGCGGCGCCGCCAGCCGGUAGCAGGGAGUCGGCGGGGGGGGCCGAGGGAGGAGUGCUGGCCUCCCAGAAGGAGAAGCAGGAGUGCAAGUGCUGCAGCAUCAUGUGAUCCUGAAGGGGGCACUGCUUUACGACCUUAUAUAUUAAUACAAGUAAAAUGUUAAAUCCGCCCUCUAACCUAAACCACGCCUCUAACAAUAUGACAUCACUUCCUGCUUCCUGUUAAAUAAAACCAUUUUUUUGUAUUUUCUUAGGCUUUUUACUUUUGUACUUGUCAUGUUGAGACACCUGACAUACCAUAUUAGCAUUAGCUUCUGGGUUAGCAUUAGCGCCAGGACUAGCGUUAGCUUCAGGGUUAGCAUUUCUGUCAGGGGUAGCAUAAGUGUCUCAUUCAUCUGUAUCAACUUUGCUGCUGCUUCUGGUUUUAUAAAAUAAAA